AUGGUGCAGCAGACCAACACGGCGGAGAACACUGAGGCGCUGCUGGCCGCCGAGACCUCCGAUUCCGGGGCCGGGAUCGAGCUGGGUAUCGCCUCCUCCCCUACGCCGGGCUCCACCGCCUCCACGGGGGGGAAGGCGGACGACCCCAGCUGGUGCAAGACACCCAGCGGGCACAUCAAGCGGCCUAUGAACGCUUUUAUGGUGUGGUCGCAGAUUGAGCGGCGGAAGAUCAUGGAGCAGUCCCCCGACAUGCACAACGCCGAGAUCUCCAAGCGCCUGGGCAAGCGCUGGAAGUUGCUCAAGGACAGCGACAAGAUCCCUUUCAUCCGGGAGGCGGAGCGGCUGCGCCUCAAGCACAUGGCGGACUACCCCGACUACAAGUACCGGCCCAGGAAGAAGGUGAAGUCGGGCAACAGCUCCGCCAAGCCCGGCGACAAGGCGGACAAGGGCGGCGGGGGCGGCGCCGGCGGGGGCAGCGCGGGCGGCGGCCCCGGUGGCUCUGCGGCCUCCGCCAAGCCCGCCCCGAAGAAGGGCGGUGGCGGCGGCUCCAAGCCCUCCCCCACGGGCGGCGGCGGCGCGGGUGCGGGGGGCAAGUCCCACGGCAAGGCGGCGGCGGGUGGCAAGGCCGCCCCCUUCCCUGGGGAACCGCCCGCCGCGCUGUUGCCGCCCGAGCACCAGGCGCUAUACAAGCCCCGGGGGGCGGCGGGGGCUCCCUCGGGCCCCGGCAAGCCGCUGGCCGAGAAGAAGCUGAAGCGGGUCUACAUCUUCGGGAGCGGACAGGCGGCGGCUGCCUCGGCCUCCCCCGGCAGCGCCGUGCCCGGCAGCCCCACACUCAGCAGCUCGGCGGAGGCCGGCGACCCCUUGAGCCUCUACGAGGAAGGGGGCGGUGGGGCGGGCCGGCCCGACGGGGACUGCGGCGGCACGGGCUGCCCUUCGCCCUCCGGCUCGGGCUCGCCCGCGGAUCACCGCAGCUACACCAGUCUGCGCGCCUCUUCCCCGGCCCCCUCGACGGCACAUUCCUCCUCCGCGUCCUCCCACUCCUCCUCCUCUUCCUCCUCCGGCUCCUCUUCGUCCGACGACGAGUUUGAGGACGACCUCUUGGACCUGAAUCCCAGUCCCGGCUUUGAGAGCAUGUCCCUGGGCAGCUUCAGCUCCUCGGUGCUCGACCGGGACCUGGAUUUUAACUUCGAGCCCGGCUCGGGCUCGCACUUUGAAUUCCCGGACUACUGCACGCCGGAGGUAAGUGAGAUGAUCUCGGGUGACUGGCUGGAGUCCAGCAUCUCCAACCUGGUCUUCACUUACUGA